GUUAUUUCUGUUUACGUGAGGAAAAAAAAAUUGUAUUUCAUGCACCGAAUCUGGAUUUAUUAAAGUGCGCGAUAUUUUCUUCUUCAUAACCCCUCUUCUCUGUGUGGAGGAGGUGGAGGAGAAGCAGGGUGCCGAGCGGAGCUCGGUUUUGGUCUGGCAGGUGAACCGCGACAGGCGAAAUCAUGUACAUCAAACAGGUGAUCAUCCAGGGCUUCCGCAGUUACCGAGACCAGACUGUGGUGGACCCUUUCAGCUCGAAGCACAACGUGAUCGUGGGCAGAAACGGAUCUGGAAAGAGUAACUUCUUUUACGCUAUUCAGUUUGUGCUGAGCGAUGAGUUCAGUCACCUGCGGCCCGAGCAGCGUCUGGCCCUGCUGCAUGAGGGCACUGGCCCCAGAGUCAUCUCUGCUUUUGUGGAAAUUAUAUUCGACAACUCCGACAACAGGCUUCCGAUCGACAAAGAGGAGGUUUCACUGCGGCGAGUCAUCGGAGCUAAAAAGGACCAGUACUUCCUCGAUAAGAAGAUGGUGACGAAGAACGAUGUGAUGAACUUGUUGGAGAGCGCAGGUUUCUCCCGCAGUAACCCUUACUACAUCGUAAAGCAGGGCAAGAUCAACCAGAUGGCCACGGCUCCUGACUCCCAGCGUCUGAAGCUCCUGAGGGAGGUGGCAGGAACCCGGGUGUACGACGAGCGCAAGGAGGAGAGUAUCUCACUAAUGAAGGAGACAGAGGGAAAGAGGGAGAAGAUCAACGAGCUGCUGAAGUACAUCGAGGAGCGACUGCACACGCUGGAGGACGAGAAGGAGGAGCUGGCGCAGUACCAAAAAUGGGACAAGAUGAGGAGAGCACUGGAGUAUACCAUCUACAAUCAGGAGCUCAACGAGACUCGGGCCAAGCUCGACGAGCUGUCCUCUAAGAGAGAGACGUGCGGGGACAAGUCGAGGCAGCUACGUGAUGCUCAGCAGGAUGCCAGAGACAAAGUGGAGGAGACGGAGCGAGUCGUGCGAGAGCUGAAGGCUCGUAUCUCUGCGAUGAAGGAGGAGAAGGAGCAGCUGAGCGCUGAGCGGCAGGAGCAGAUCAAGCAGAGAACCAAACUGGAGCUCAAAGCCAAAGAUCUGCAGGAUGAGCUGGCAGGAAACAGCGAACAGAGGAAACGGUUGCUGAAAGAGAGGCAGAAGCUGCUGGAGAAGAUUGAAGAGAAGCAGAAGGAGCUGCAGGAGACGGAGCCCAAAUUCAAUACGGUGAAGGAGAAAGAGGAGAGAGGCAUUGCCAGGCUGGCCCAGGCCACUCAGGAGCGCACAGAUUUGUACGCCAAGCAGGGGCGUGGCAGCCAGUUCACCUCCAAAGAGGAGAGAGACAAGUGGAUCAAAAAGGAGCUGAAGUCCCUCGACCAGGCCAUUAACGACAAGAAGCGGCAAAUCGCCGCCAUCAACAAAGACCUGGAGGACACCGAGGCCAACAAGGAGAAGAACCUGGAGCAGUAUAAUAAACUGGACCAAGACUUGAACGAAGUGAAGACUCGUGUGGAGGAGCUGGACAAGAAGUACUACGAGGUGAAGAACAGGAAGGACGAGCUGCAGAGCGAGAGAAACUACCUGUGGAGAGAGGAGAAUGCAGAGCAGCAGGCCUUGGCAGCCAAGAGAGAAGACCUGGAGAAAAAACAGCAGCUACUACGCGCAGCAACGGGAAAGGCCAUUCUGAACGGCAUCGACAGCAUCAACAAGGUCCUGGAACAUUUCCGCCGGAAAGGCAUCAACCAGCACGUCAUCAACGGGUACCACGGCAUCGUCAUGAACAAUUUCGAGUGCGAGCCCGCCUUCUACACCUGCGUGGAGGUGACCGCGGGAACAAGGUUGUUUUACCACAUCGUAGAGACUGACGAGGUGAGCACGAAAAUCCUGAUGGAGUUCAAUAAGAUGAACCUGCCCGGAGAGGUCACCUUCCUGCCCCUCAGCAAGCUGGACGUCCGGGACACCGCCUACCCCGAGACCAACGACGCCAUCCCGAUGAUCAGCAAAUUACGCUACAGUCAGAACUUCGAUAAAGCCUUCAAGCAUGUGUUUGGGAAGACCCUUAUCUGUCGCAGUAUGGAGGUUUCCACGCAGUUGGCUCGAGCCUUCACCAUGGACUGCAUUACGUUGGAGGGAGACCAGGUGAGUCACCGCGGCGCUCUCACAGGCGGGUACUACGACACAAGGAAGUCUCGUCUGGAGCUUCAGAAGGACAUGCGCAAAGCCGAGGAGGAGCUCUCCGAGCUCGAGGCCAAACUCAACGAAAACCUGCGCAGGAACAUCGAACGCAUCAAUAACGAGAUCGAUCAGCUGAUGAACCAGAUGCAGCAGAUCGAAACGCAGCAGAGGAAGUUUAAGGCCUCGCGGGACAGCAUUCUUUCCGAGAUGAAGAUGCUUAAGGAGAAAAGGCAGCAGUCAGAGAAAACCUUCAUGCCGAAGCAACGCAGUCUGCAGAGUCUGGAGGCCAGCCUUCACGCCAUGGAGAGCACGCGGGAGUCCCUGAAGGCCGAGCUCGGCACCGACCUGCUCUCUCAGCUCAGCCUGGAGGACCAGCGUCGUGUCGACGACCUCAACGACGAGAUCAGACAGCUGCAGCAGGACAACAGGCAGCUGCUGAACGAGAGAAUUAAGCUAGAGGGCAUUAUGACCAGGGUGGAGACGUACCUGAAUGAGAACCUGCGCAAACGCCUCGACCAGGUGGAACAGGAGCUGAACGAACUGAGAGAGACCGAAGGAGGGACUGUCCUCACAGCCACUACGUCCGAGUUGGACGGUAUCAACAAACGCAUCAAAGACACUAUGGCCCGGUCAGAGGACCUGGACACGCUGAUCGACAAGACUGAGGUGGAGAUUAAGGACCACAUAAAAAGCAUGGAGCGCUGGAAGAACAUCGAGAAGGAGCAGAACGAGGCCAUCAACCACGACACCAAGGAGCUGGAGAAGAUGACCAACCGGCAGGGCAUGCUGCUGAAGAAGAAGGAGGAGUGCAUGAAGAAGAUCCGCGAGCUCGGCUCCCUGCCACAGGAGGCCUUUGAGAAGUACCAAACGCUCACGCUUAAACAGCUCUUCCGCAAGCUGGAGCAGUGUAACACGGAGCUGAAGAAGUACAGCCACGUGAACAAAAAGGCUCUGGACCAGUUCGUGAACUUCUCUGAGCAGAAGGAGAAGCUGAUAAAGAGGCAGGACGAGCUGGACAGGGGCUACAAGUCCAUCAUGGAGCUCAUGAACGUCCUGGAGCUGCGUAAAUACGAGGCAAUCCAGCUCACCUUCAAACAGGUGUCUAAGAACUUCAGCGAGGUCUUCCAGAAGCUAGUUCCAGGAGGCAAAGCUACUCUGGUGAUGAAGAAAGGUGACGCCGAGGGGGGGCAAUCGCAGGAUGAGGGGGAGGGCGGAGCUGACAGCGAGAGAGGCUCUGCCUCCCAGAGCAGCGUUCCCAGCGUCGACCAGUUCACAGGAGUCGGAAUCAGAGUGUCCUUCACAGGUAAGCAGGGAGAGAUGAGGGAGAUGCAGCAGCUGUCUGGAGGGCAGAAGUCUCUGGUGGCGCUCGCUCUCAUCUUCGCCAUCCAGAAGUGCGACCCCGCCCCCUUCUACCUGUUUGACGAGAUCGACCAGGCUUUGGACGCUCAGCACAGGAAAGCCGUGUCAGAUAUGAUUGUGGAGUUAGCGGGGCACGCUCAGUUCAUCACCACCACCUUCAGACCCGAGCUCCUGGAGUCAGCGGACAAGUUCUACGGAGUCAAAUUCAGAAACAAGGUGAGUCACAUUGACGUGAUCUCUGCCGAGCAGGCCAAGGACUUCGUGGAGGAUGACACCACUCACGGCUAAGCGACGAAGACUCUGCCCCCUCUUCCUCUUUAUCUCUCUCUGUUUUCGUUCCCGUGAUUCCCACGAUUCUGGGUGAACGAAGUGUCAGGUGUUUGGGUUUGGUUUUUUUUUUUGUUUGUUUGUUUGUUUUGUUAAACACUGAAGUAAAAGCAUGUUGUUUUUUUUUAUUAUUAUUAUAUUCAGAAUGUGUUGUGCUAUUCAAAGUUCAUUUGCAUCGUGGAUGGUUUAACAUUAGAAUGGAACAGCAAUGGACACGUGUUCAAAACGUCUCAAACUUUUUUAAAAUCAGCUGUUAAAUGUUGUAGUCAUGUUGGAUUUAUAUAUUAUUAUUCUUUUUCUCGUUGCAUUCCUUAGGAUGGGUUUAGAUCAUUUCAAUCCAGCUUAUUUUACCUAAUCACUUUGUUUUAAUUUGUUCUCUACUGUUACUCAGAAAUAAAGAUGGCCAGAUAUAUGUAACAAUGAUUUAUUUUUUUCUCUUACCUCGCCUCUUGGUGUGUGUGUGUGUGUGUGUGUGUGUGUGUGUGUGUGUGUGUGUGUGUGUGUGUGUGUGUGUGUGUGUGUGUGUGUGUGUGUGUGUGUGUGUGGUACAGCGAGAUCGUCCUCAGCUGUGCUGCAUGUCAUAAUAAGCUCCAUAAUAAAUAAAAAUAACCGGUCUUAAAAUGUUAUAUCAUGAUAACUGCCUUGUGCUGUAAAGCUUCUCAUAGCAGGUUUUACUACGGCACAGCAGGAAGUGAUGCCACUGCAGCCCGAUGGAUGUGGAACAGAAAAUGGAGGAUGAGCUCUCACACACACAUCAACGUAAGGUUUAAGGUCAGCAAAGAUGGUUUACAGUCUUGGAGAUGAUGGCACUGCUUUUUGAGAGAGGAGGAGGAGGAGGAUGAUGUCUACAUAUGCAGUAGUGAAAGGAGAGCAACACCAAGUGAGUAAUGCGCAGUAGUCCAAGCUCUCUCAUCCAGACCAGCCUGACACGCAGUCACCGGCCCCGUGCAUAAAUCUAUUCAAAUUUUUUUUUUUUUUUUUUUUUUGGGGGGGGGGGCAGUGACAGUCUCCUCCAUACAAGUAAAUUUGUCGUCCAACAGGUGCCAAGUGGAACCCAUGACUGCUGGCUCUCCCACCGAGCGCCCUUGCCCUUCAGACUCUCGGGUCGGUGUGUCAAUAAAGUUUGGCAGUUUAACGAGCCGCCCGCUGAGCUAACAGAUGCGUUCUCUGUGUACAGCUCAUAGGGACGCGCCAGAACAGCAUUCCUCACGAGCCAUCUGAGCUGCUACUGCUGCGCCGUAAUCACCAAGAAAAGCCACAGAAACUAACUCCUUCUCCCGCUAUCCUCCAAGUAGAAGUGAUAAAAAGUCUUUAAAAAUAAAUUCUGCACUAAACAUGAUUUAUGUU